AGACGGAGAUGGAACAACUUCCAACUUUGUCCGACAUUUGAAGUUGCAUAAAGAACGAUUUGAAGAAUACCAGAUGAAAAAGAGGAUCACAAAUGAACCUCAACAGCCUUCCAUAUCACAGUUUAUGGACACUUGUGCCGGACAGUACAGCAUGACUCAUCCACAGCAGAAAGCUAUCACAAAUGCAUUAUUAAGUGACUUGAUUAUUGGUUGCAACCUGCCCCUUUCUAUUGUGGAAAACAAGAAUUUUCGGCACUUUCUGACGGUAGUUGACAGAAAAUACAGCCCGGUAUGUCGCAGAACAAUUAUAUCAAAAACAGAACCUUGCUGCUGAGAAACGUUCAAUGUUAAGAACUCAGUUGAGCGAGACUGAUCAUGUUUCAGUUACUGUGGACAUUUGGUCGGACCGAAGGAUGAGGGGUUUCCUUGGUAUCACUGUGCACUGGAUACAGAAAGAGACAGAGGAUGCAGCUAAAAUCCAAACUGCUGGCCUUUGACUGCUUCAAAGGAUUACACACUGGUAAAAGAAUCUGUGAGAAAUUUGAAGCUAUAUGUGACGAAUACAACAUCAAAGAUAAACUAGACUAUUAUUAGUGACAAUACUGCCAAUAUGCGGAAAGCAUUCACUGUGUGCUUCCCCACUGAGCAAGGUGAGGAACAUGAUGAUGAUGAUGAUGAUGAUGAUGGUGAUCAUCUUGACGACCCAGAGCUCUGGCACGACUUAACCUUGGAAGAUCAGGAAACAGUAGGUGCUGCUAUGGCAAAGACACAGCGCCUGCAGUGUUUUGCGCACACACUUCAGCUGGUGGUGAGAGAUGGUUUGUCAGAGACCAAAGUGGCAUCUCCUUCACUUUCAAAGUUAUCUAAGCUCGGCUUUCUACUCCACACAAGCACAACAUUCAAAGAUGUGUUUGAAGCUGAAUUUGGUGAACAGAAAGCGAUCCCUGCUGCUGUAAUCACAAGAUGGAAUUCAACACUGAGACAAGUAAAGGCAGUUCUCCAGUGUGAACAUCUAAAACUCUGUGCUGUUCUUGAAAUGGCUGGACACAAGGAGUUAUUAUUCACAACACGAGAGUGGAACCUGUUGAAGGAGAUGGUGGACAUCUUGAAGCCUUUUGGAGAAGCAACAGAUUUGACACAAGGUGAGAAAAUAGUCACGAUUAGUGCUGUUGUUCCAUCUGUGCUGUCCCUCAAUCACCACCUUGAGAAACUGAAGCCUCAAGUCCGUUUCCUGAAUGGUCUGGUCAGGAGCCUCCAAGCAUCUUUGAACAGAAGAUUUCUUGGAAUCUUUAUCAGUGUGCGAAUGGCUAGAGCAGAAGAUGGGAUCACUGCCCCCUUUUCAGAUCCAGUGUACCUUAAAGCAGCUGCUUUGGAUCCAGCGUUUUCUCUGUUGUGGGUGGAACACCAUGUGUUGGGCAGUUGUGACAUAAAGACAGAGGUGACACAAAAAGUUAAAGAUCUGAUCCUGCAAGAUGCAGCAGAUCCUGUAAAGUCAGAGCAACCUGUGACUCCUGGUGAGGAACAUCAAGAGGACUCUGAAGAUGGAGGACUCUUUGCUGCUUACUGUAAGAGGCAGAAGAAGGAUGUGGGGAAGAGUCCAGCUCUACAGCUAAGUCACUACCUGGAUAUUGCUGAUGGACAGAACGCCCUCUUGUUCUGGGCAAUGAACAUGCAGACUCUUCCUUCUCUGUUUCAUGUGGCCACCAGAGUUUUGGCAGUGCCUGCAUGUAGUGCUCCUGUGGAGCGGGUUUUCAGCUAUGGUGGCAUCAUUCUACGGCCUCAUCGUGCACAAAUGACUGACAGACUUUUGGCCAAUGUUUGGUUUUUUUUCCCUCUGUCACUCACACGGACACAUACACACGUUCACACCUAUUCACAGAGACUAGAUGAGAGAGAGGACAAGCUAAUCACACUGCACAAAAUUUACUGCGAUGGUUCAUUGUUUUGUACAUAAGGAAAUCUCAGCACUUUGUUUCAACAGGAAGUUCUGCUUUUGCAUUUUUUACUGAAUGUUUAUUCUGUAAAUUUGUAAUUUAGAGGAAGACUAUUCUUGCAGCAAAGUUUAAUUGAGCUGUACAUUAUAAAGGUGCAAUUUCAGAAUUAGUGCAUAUUUUGUAAGUUGUUUCAUCAGGUGAUGAGAUAAAUACAGAUUUAAAAAAGAACA